AUGGCAGACCCAAACAAGUAUCUAUAUGCGGACCGGAACCUGAUCAACAAUCCUUUGGCACAGGCUGACUGGGCCUCCAAGAAGCUAGUAUGGGUUCCUUCAGACCGCCUGGGCUUUGAGGCUGGCUCCCUAAAAGAGGAGCGAGGAGAUGAGUGCCUGGUUGAGCUGGCAGACUCCGGUAAGAAGGUCAGGGUGAACAAGGAUGACAUCCAGAAGAUGAACCCACCUAAGUUUAGCAAGGUGGAAGACAUGGCUGAGCUCACUUGCUUGAAUGAAGCCUCUGUGCUGCACAACCUGAAGGAGAGAUACUAUUCCGGACUCAUAUACACAUACUCAGGGCUCUUCUGUGUCGUCAUUAAUCCCUACAAGAAUCUGCCAAUCUACUCUGAGGAGAUUGUUGAUAUGUACAAGGGAAAGAAGAAACAUGAAAUGCCACCCCAUAUCUAUGCCAUUACUGACAUAUCUUACAGAAGCAUGAUGCAGGAUCGUGAGGACCAGUCCAUUCUUUGCACAGGAGAGUCUGGUGCUGGUAAGACUGAGAACACCAAGAAAGUAAUCCAGUAUCUGGCUCAUGUGGCCUCCUCUCACAAGACAAAGAAAGAUCAGGGAGCAUUUGUUUCUCAUCAGGGGGAGCUGGAGAAGCAGCUUCUGCAGGCAAACCCUAUCCUGGAGGCAUUUGGAAAUGCCAAGACAGUCAAAAAUGACAACUCAUCACGAUUUGGCAAAUUCAUCCGGAUCAAUUUUGAUGUCAAUGGCUAUAUUGUUGGUGCAAAUAUUGAAACUUAUUUGCUCGAAAAGUCCCGUGCCAUUCGUCAAGCCAGGGAAGAACGGACAUUCCAUAUCUUCUACUACCUGCUCACAGGAGCUGGAGAUAAAUUACGUGCUGAGCUACUCCUUGAAAAUUACAACAACUACCGUUUCCUUUCCAAUGGAAAUGUGACAAUUCCUGGGCAACAGGACAAGGACAUGUUUGCAGAGACAAUGGAUGCCAUGAGGAUUAUGGGUAUCCCAGAGGACGAGCAGAUCGGCAUGUUGAAGGUGGUGGCUUCUGUAAUGCAGCUGGGCAACAUGAGCUUCAAAAAGGAGCGACAUACCGAUCAGGCCUCCAUGCCUGACAACACAGCUGCUCAGAAGGUCUGCCACCUCAUGGGUAUGAAUGUAACAGACUUGACAAGGGCCAUCCUAACACCCAGGAUAAAGGUGGGUCGAGACUAUGUCCAAAAGGCCCAGACCCAGGAGCAAGCAGAAUUUGCUGUGGAGGCCUUGGCUAAAGCCACAUAUGAAAGAAUGUUCCGCUGGUUAGUUAUGAGGAUCAACAAAGCCCUAGACAAAACCAAGAGACAAGGAGCCUCCUUCAUCGGCAUCUUGGAUAUUGCUGGUUUUGAGAUCUUUGAGCUAAACUCAUUCGAGCAGUUGUGCAUCAACUACACCAACGAGAAGCUGCAGCAGCUCUUCAACCACACCAUGUUUAUCCUGGAGCAAGAGGAGUACCAAAGGGAAGGCAUAGAGUGGAGCUUCAUUGACUUCGGACUCGAUCUGCAGCCUUGCAUCGAACUCAUUGAGAAACCUGCCAGCCCUCCUGGUAUUCUUGCUCUGCUAGAUGAGGAGUGCUGGUUUCCCAAAGCUACAGACAAAAGCUUUGUCGAGAAAGUUCUGCAGGAGCAAGGCACCCAUCCUAAAUUCUUCAAACCAAAGAAACUGAAGGAUGAAGCAGAUUUCUGUAUUAUCCAUUAUGCUGGCAAGGUUGACUAUAAAGCAGAUGAGUGGCUGAUGAAGAACAUGGACCCUUUGAAUGACAAUGUUGCCUCACUGCUCAACCAGUCAACAGACAAAUUUGUUUCUGAACUCUGGAAGGACGUUGACCGCAUCGUAGGCCUGGAUAAGGUGUCCGGCAUGUCAGAGAUGCCAGGUGCUUUUAAGACUCGCAAGGGCAUGUUCCGCACUGUGGGCCAGCUCUACAAAGAGCAACUUUCCAAGCUCAUGGCCACUCUAAGGAACACGAAUCCAAACUUUGUCCGCUGCAUCAUCCCCAACCAUGAGAAAAAGGCAGGAAAACUAGAACCUCAUCUGGUUCUGGAACAGUUAAGAUGUAAUGGUGUUCUGGAGGGCAUUCGUAUCUGCAGACAAGGCUUUCCCAACCGAAUCGUCUUCCAGGAGUUCAGACAGAGGUAUGAAAUCCUUACUCCGAAUGCUAUUCCCAAAGGCUUCAUGGAUGGAAAGCAGGCUUGUGUGCUUAUGAUCAAAAGUCUGGAGCUCGAUCCUAAUCUUUACCGCAUUGGACAAAGUAAAGUUUUCUUCAGAGCUGGUGUUCUUGCUCACCUGGAAGAAGAGAGGGACAUGAAAAUCACAGACAUCAUUAUUAGUUUUCAGGCUUGGUGCAGAGGCCAUUUGGCGCGCAGAGCUUUUGCCAAGCGACAACAGCAACUGACUGCAAUGAAGGUGAUCCAGAGGAAUUGUGCUGCCUAUCUCAAACUCCGAAACUGGCAGUGGUGGAGGCUAUUCACCAAGGUGAAGCCCUUGCUUCAAGUAAGCAGACAAGAAGAGGAAAUGCAGGCCAAAGAUGAUGAGUUGAACAAAGUGAAGGAGAAGCAGAUGUAUACUCAACAACAGCUGCAGGAACUGGAAGACCAACAUCAGCAGCUGAAUGCCGAGAAAAUGGCCCUGCAAGAACAGCUUCAGGCAGAAACAGAACUGUGUGCCGAGGCUGAAGAGAUGAGAGCUCGCCUGGCUGCCAGGAAGCAAGAACUUGAGGAGAUCCUCCACGACCUGGAAGCUCGUGUGGAGGAGGAGGAAGAGCGUGCUUCUCAGCUGUCAACUGAAAAAAAGAAGAUGCAACAAAACAUUUCUGACUUGGAGCAACAGCUGGAUGAAGAAGAGGGCGCUAGACAGAAGCUGCAACUGGAAAAGGUUACACUAGAGGCCAAAAUGAAGAAGUUUGAAGAUGAUGUAAUGGUCCUAGAUGAUCAGAACGCCAAACUUAUCAAGGAGAAAAAGUUGAUGGAGGAGAGAAUAUCGGAGUUCACUACCAACCUUGCAGAAGAGGAAGAGAAAUCGAAGAGCUUACAGAAACUAAAAACUAAACAUGAGGCCAUGAUCACAGAUCUCGAAGACCGACUCCGCAGGGAGGAGAAGCAACGGCAGGAGCUGGAAAAGAACAGACGCAAGCUUGAGGGGGACUUCACCGACGUACACGACCAAAUUGCUGAACUGCAGGCCCAGAUUGCUGAGCUCCGUGCCCAAUUAGCCAAAAAGGAGGAAGAGCUUCAAGCUGCUCUAGCCAGGAUUGAGGAGGAAGCAGCACAAAAGAAUAUGGCUCAGAAAAAAAUCAGAGAAAUGGAUGCUCAGAUAUCCGAACUCCAAGAUGAUCUAGAGAUGGAGCGACAGUCCCGGGCCAAAGCAGAGAAACAUCGUCGGGACCUUGGAGAAGAACUUGAGGCUCUCAAGACUGAGCUGGAGGACACACUUGACUCCACUGCUGCACAACAAGAACUUAGAACCAAGCGCGAGACAGAAGUAGCGCAGCUCAAGAGGGCCCUGGAAGAUGAGGCCAAAGCGCACGAACAGCAGAUGGUUGACAUGAGACAGAAACAUGGUCAAGCCUUUGAUGAAUUAAAUGAGCAGCUGGAGCAGGCGAAGCGGAAUAAAGUGUCCAUGGAGAAGGCCAAACAGGCUCUGGAAUCUGAAAGGAAUGAGCUGACCAUUGAGCUUCAGAGCUUAAUGCAGGGGAAAGGAGAUUCAGAACAUCGCAGGAAAAAGGCUGAAGCCCAGGUUCAAGAGUUGCAGCUCAAAUUUUCCGAGAGUGAGCGUCAGAGGUUGGAGCUAAGUGAGAAAUCUGCAAAAAUGCAGGCAGAACUGGAAAAUGUCAACGCGCUCCUGAAUGAUGUGGAGUCAAAGUCCAUUAAAGCAACCAAAGAUCACUCCACACUGGAGUCUCAGUUCCAGGAUGUUCAGGAAGUACUUCAGGAAGAGACACGGCAGAAACUGUCAAUGGGAACACGUCUGCGCCAACUGGAGGAUGAGCAGAAUAACUUGAGGGAACAGCUGGAGGAAGAAGAAGAAGCUAAAAGAAAUGUGGAAAAGCAGCUUCAAAUGGCUCACGCUCAGCUGGCAGAAUUCAAGAAGAAACUUGAGCAGGAUUCGACUUACUUGGAGAGUGCUGAAGAAGGAAAGAAGAGGCUGCAGAAAGACCUGGAGGCAACAUGCCAGCGUCUGGAAGAGAAAUGCUCUGCUUAUGACAAAAUGGACAAAACCAAGACCCGUCUCCAGCAAGAGUUAGACGACCUGCUCGUAGAUCAGGACCACCUCAGACAAAUAGUCUCCAACCUGGAGAAGAAGCAAAAGAAGUUUGACCAGAUGUUAGCAGAGGAGAAGAACAUAUCUGCACGUUACGCGGAGGAGCGAGAUCGAGCUGAAGCUGAGGCCCGCGAGAAAGAGACUCGGGCUUUGUCUUUGGCCCGCGAGCUGGAAUCUCUCAUUGAUCUGAAGGAGGAUCUGGACCGCAACAAUAAAUUGCUUCGGGCUGAAAUGGAGGAUUUGGUGUCAUCCAAGGAUGACGUUGGAAAGAAUGUUCACGAGUUGGAGAAAUCCAAACGUGCAAUGGAACAGCAGCUAGAAGAGAUGAAGACUCAGCUCGAAGAGCUGGAGGAUGAGUUGCAGGCCACUGAGGACGCCAAGCUGCGCCUGGAGGUCAACAUGCAGGCCAUGAAGGCUCAAUAUGAGCGAGACCUGGCAGGACGGGAUGAGAUGGGUGAAGAGAAGAAGAGGUCUUUGGUCAAACAGGUCCGUGAGAUGGAAAUGGAGCUGGAGGAUGAGCGGAAGCAGCGUUCGGGUGCUGUGGCCUCACGCAAGAAACUGGAGCUGGACCUGAAGGAGCUGGAGGCAGGCAUAGACAUGGCCAACAAGAACCGCGAAGAAGCCCUCAAACAGUUGAAGAAGAUCCAAGCCCAGAUGAAGGAACUUAUCAGGGAACUGGAUGACACUCGCCUGUCUAGAGAGGAUAUCCUUGCCCAGAGCAAAGAGACAGAGAAGAAGUUAAAGAGCAUGGAAGCAGAAAUGCUCCAGAUGCAGGAGGAGCUAGCUGCUGCAGAGCGUGUGAAGAGACAGGCUCAGCAGGAGAGAGACGAGCUUCAGGAUGAGAUUAAUAACCAGGCCACCAAAAAUGCUCAAGUCGCAGAAGAAAGGCGACGCCUGGAGGCUCGUAUUGCUCAGCUGGAGGAAGAGGUGGAGGAGGAGCAGUGCAAUACUGAGCUGAUCAAUGACAGGCUGAAGAAAGCAAUGCUGCAGACUGAGCAGAUGACUGUGGAGCUUGCUGCUGAGCGUAGUGCCUCUCAGCGGGUCGAAGGCGCCCGUUCUCAGUUGGAGCGUCAGAACAAGGAGCUGAGGCUUAAGCUGCAGGAGCUGGAGGGAACUGUAAAGUCCAAAUACAAGGCCAAUAUGACCACUUUGGAGGCCAAGAUCGCUCAGCUGGAGGAGCAGCUGGACUUUGAGACCAGGGAGCGGCAAAGUGCCUCCAAGCUUGUUAGACGCACAGAGAAGAAACUGAAAGAGGUUGUUCUCCAGGUGGAGGAUGAGAGACGCAACACAGAGCAGUACAAAGACCAGGCGGACAAAUUGAACUCACGCAUGAAACAGCUGAAACGUCAGCUAGAAGAGGCAGAGGAAGAGGCUCAGAGGGCAAACGCAAACCGAAGAAAACUGCAAAGGGAGCUGGAGGAUGCCACCGAGUCUGCAGAGUCGAUGAACCGUGAGGUGACGAGCCUCAAGAGCAAGUUGAGACGUGGCGACCUCCCCUUCACCAUGCGUCGUAUCGUGACCCGCAGUGGUGCUGAAAGUGACGAUGAGGUCGAUUCCAAGAGCGAGACCCCCGAGCCCAAACCUGAAUAA